AUGGGUCGACGUCCCGCAAGAUGUUAUCGUUACUGCAAGAACAAGCCAUAUCCAAAGUCUCGAUACUGUCGUGGUGUCCCCGAUGCCAAAAUCAGAAUUUAUGAUUUAGGUCGUAAGAAGGCUACUGUAGAUGAAUUCCCUCUUACCGUACACUUGUUGUCGGACGAGUACCAACAGAUCUCAUCCGAAGCAUUGGAAGCUGGUCGUAUUUGCGCAAACAAGUACAUCUCAAAGGUCUCUGGAAAGGACUCAUUCCACAUGCGUGUCCGUGUGCAUCCAUUCCACGUCCUCCGUAUCAACAAGAUGUUGUCCUGUGCUGGUGCUGAUAGGCUCCAAACUGGUAUGCGUGGUGCUUUCGGAAAGCCAAUUGGUGUCGUCGCCCGUGUAGAUAUCGGUCAAGUCUUGAUCUCUGUACGAACCAAGGAUGCCAACCGAGCUACCGUCAUUGAAGCUCUUCGUCGUGCCAAAUACAAGUUCCCUGGUCGUCAAAAGAUCAUUGUAUCAAACAAGUGGGGAUUCACUAAAUUGACUCGUGAAGAAUACAUUGUGAAGCGACAAGACAAUAUGCUCCAACCUGAUGGUUGUUACGUCAAGUACCUCGCCGAUAAAGGGCCUCUAAGUGCUUGGAUGCGAAUGCAAUCAAAGGCAUAA